UGACAGCUUUCACACCUUUGUUUUCCCUCCAAACAGAAAUGAACUUGAAUGGCAUUUUUCUGAUCAUUUAUUCUUUCAUAGUCUUCAAUGAGUGUAUUCUUAAAUCUUGGAUAUCUAUCAACUUAGUUUGAGAACGCGUUUAAUGUCAAAUAUCUCAUUAAUCAAAUAUUUCAAUGAAACCAAAAGAUGCAGAUGCCAUAUUAAAAGAAAGAUGCCAAUUUGAAUUCAAGUUUACAAAAAUCUAUGAGAAUUUCAGUCCAAUUUAUAAAACUCAAUCUGCGGUUACCGCAAAAUUUUAUUCUAAAUAUGAGGCAUCUGAUGAAUACGACGUUAAUCCCGAUAUAUUGAACAAUUUAAUUCGUGCAAUCGACUAUCCACCAAAAACAAAAUUACUAUGGCCAGAAACGGUUAACCAAUGGUACGGAUGGUUUACACAACCUUUAACCGAUGCGGAUAGAAAUGACCCGAACCUCUAUUUUCCGAGAAUGGAUACGGAAAUAACUCGUAAUAGUCUCAAGCUACAUGAUGGUAAAUCUAAAAUGAAAAAAAAAUGAUUAUGUAUACGGCAAAUAAAACUUUAGAAAAUGA